UGAGAAGUUGGAAGAAAUAAUUUGUUCACACCGUACAAGAGAUUCAGUGAAUACCGUCUGCGUGCCUUUAGAUGGCAUUUUCACUGGAAUGUCUGAAGACACCUUAAGGUCUACACUAAAGCCAUUAUGCCGUGAGAAGUAUCAGAGAGAUAAGAAGCCCUGCAAAGCUGUAAUUUAUGUGCAGGUAGACGUGCUUCAAAAUCAUGGACAGGAAAAAAAGAAGCCAUUUAAUACACAGACUAUAUCUUCUGCAUACAUUCAAGUGCAUGUCCCCCAGUGUUGUUUGAGAGAGAUACCGAGACAGCUAGCUGCUUUUCCUGUCAGCAUUACUCUCACUACGCCUUUCUCUACAGACAGCAACUUCUGUGCGGUCUGCCUGUUUUUCAAGAGGCCUGGAUAUUGCUGGGUUAAGUUGCAUUCCUGUCUCUGCUCUUUGGAUAUCUUUCAGUGUGGUAUUGCUUGCAAAGCAGUGGGAAGAUCAAACAGCCUUUCAGCCAGCUGCUCAACAUUGGUCACUGCCUUCGAGAACGAUGAACCCAUCAGUGCAGCUGAGCGCUGCUGUACAUCACCCAGCACAGGCAGAGGGGUUGGUCCAAGGCCACGUGGAAUUCUUCUCCUGAUGAGUCAAGGGCUGAGCAAGUCUGGAUUGCAGUUUUUGGAUGCUCCUGCUCAGAACAUGCUAAAGAAUCUGAAAGUUCAACAAAGUGGCUACACAUUGGGACAUGAAAAGUACAUUUACUGGAUAAUUUCUGCACUGAACGGAAAAGAAAUCAAGCAUUUUCUUCUGUAUAAAGAAAUGUCUUAGACACAGAGAAAAAAAGGAAUGUGUUGAUCCCUGUGCUGAUUUGCUAUUUUAAAAUUCCGGUUGCUCCUGGACUGUCUAAGAAGGGGCAACUGAGAUUGAUAAAUAAGCAAGCAAAACCACACGUCAGAUGGUGCCAGGCUCCAGUCUGAACUACUGUAUGUGAUCCUGACAGCCUUAAACAGCCAGCAAGCAAUUACUGUUCACAACAGCAAGACAUCUCCAGGGUGCUAGAUCUGCUGCGAUCAUUUAUCAGCUCUAUGUUGAGAAAUUCAUCACUGUAACAGAAAUUCAUAUUUUGUUCUGCUUUCCUGAAAUGCAAGGACAGAGCAUGUGAACCAGACUUUUGGGUGAAACCAACAUCAGAAAGGUGUACUCCAGGAGAACAAUUCCUGUGCUCCAGCCAGUGAGCACAUGGGACCAGACUGAAAAACCUGACCACAAGUAAAAUAGGGAUGAGGGAACCUCACUACUGACUGUAGGUCUGCUCCUGCUUGGCUCAUUAGCUUUCUAACGUAGAUACAGCCAUCUGACACCCAGAAUCCAUCAGCAGGUAAAAAAAAAUAUUAUUGUAUUACAGACUGUCAGUUUUAUACUAAAAUUGUUUCAAAUAAGUGCUGGAAACCCUAAAAUAAUAGAA